UGUUUUGACCAAAACCCUUGAGAUCUAAUUUUUGCUCUGUUUCUCAAACGAUGGCGGCUUCGUCUUCAUCCGACGUCUCCUCUGAUUCUUCAGACUCUCAUCGCCGCCGUAGAGAUCGCCGUCGUCACCGUAGAAACGACCGUGACAGAGACUCGCUCAAGGUACGGAAGAAGAGUCGAUCCACCUCUAAAAAACGUCGUAGACGCCACAACUCCUCCGAUUCAUCUGAUUCCUCUUACUCCGACUCCUCCAGAGAUGAGAGCUCAGAUAGUGAGCACGAGAGGUCACGAAGGCACAAGAAGCAUGAAAAGCCAAAGAAGGCUAAGGAUAAGGAGCGAAGUAAGAGUUAUCGUCAUAAAAGGCAUAAGAAUAGAGAUAGAAAGAAAGGGGAAGGAGAAGGAAGCAGCGGUCCUGUUAAACUAUCAAAGUUUUUGAGCCGUGACAAAGACGAUGGUGAGCGUAGGAGUGCCGUCUCAGGGAAAAAGAUUCUUCUGAAGGUCGACAAGUCCAAAGAGGACAAAGCUGCAGAGAGCAAAAGAAAUGAACUGCUUAAGUUCUUGAACGCAAGUUUCGACUAGUUUUUUUUGGCUUUUGUCUCUAUGGCAAAAUCUGAACUACAACAAGAAUGUAAGAUGUUUUUUUUAUAUCAGAUUCUAGUUUGCAUACCUGUCUGGUGAUUCAGAUUCUUGUUUUGUUUAUCGGGAGAACUAAAAUCUGUCAUGUAUUUGAGUUAUUGUUAUAAGCCUUUUGAACUUGUGUCUUGAUUUCUA